AUGGAAGAUUGCAAGCCAGUGUCAACUCCUAUCCUGAAGGAAGGUCUAACUGAAAAGAAAAAGGAAGAUAAAUCAAACAGAGAAAUUUUUCCUUAUAGAGAAGCUGUAGGAGCUUUAAUGUAUCUUAUGUUAUGCACAAGACCAGAUUUAGCUUACUGUGUUGGCAUUCUAUCACGUUUCCUAGAAAAUCCUUCGAAAGAUGAUUGGACAAAAGUGAAACGUGUAUUCAGAUACAUAGCAGGUUCUCUAACUAAAGGUGUUACAUACAAGAAUAAAUACAAACCAGGAAUUCUAGAAUGCUAUAGUGAUGCAGAUUUUGGAGGCUGUCAAGAAACAGGAAAAUCAACGAGUGGAGUAGUGAUAUUAUAUAGUGGUGGAGCUAUAUCAUGGAUUAGCCAAAGGCAAACAGUUGUUGCAACUUCGACGACUGAAGCAGAAGUAAUUGCAGCUAGUGAAUGUUCUAGAGAAGUAAUUUUGGUUAAAGCGACUAUUUAG